CUGAGGCUUGAACCGCUGUGUCCGCUGCUGCUAGCCAAAGGACGCAGCCAUCGUGUGCCCAGUACCCAACCCAACCACCGGGCAUCGUCCGCCGCCCACGCACACCAGCUUGCGUGCGGUGCAUGCCAGUGAUCGCCUGCUGCGAGGCCCACGACACCUGAUCAGUUCGUCAAGACGAGCGACGCGUACUUAGAGAGACGGGCGCAGCAGCGGCGCAGCGCAUCGCCGGCGCGCAUCAUGGGCCGGCGCGAUGAUCACCACCAGCUCGAGGAGGGCUGCGAGCUCAUGCUCGACUGGCGCAAGCUGCACAAGGUGGCGACGUGCGGUGAUGAUGUUGUGCCCGUGGCGGUCCAGGACGCGGACACGCGCGAGAUGCUGAUCCUGGCGUACGCGAACGAGCACGCGCUCGCCGAGGCGCGGCGGCGCGGCGUCUGCGUGCUCUGGAGCACGUCGCGGCGCAAGCUCUGGAUCAAGGGCGAGACGUCGGGCGACGUGUUGGAUUUGGUCGAGAUCCGCGUGAACUGCGAGCAGAACUCCUUACUGUAUCUCGUCAAGCCGCGGCGGACGGGCGCGUGCCACACGCGGGGCCCCGACGGGCGCACGCGGCGGUCGUGCUUCUACCGCGCGUUGGAGGGCGACGCGUGGCUCGUGAAGCGGCCGUCGCCCAAGUCUGUGGGAUACAGCCCCGAGGCCGUCUUCGGGGCCUUCCUCCUCGGCUUCCUGCUCUCGAAGGCGAAGGCUCCGCGUUUGCCUACGUGGCUCUUCGGGGCGGCGAGGAACUAACCACACAUAUCUUAAGAGUCGC